CACAGCCCCUCCUGCCCAGGGCUCUGUCAAAGCCCCCAGCCCACCCAGCACUGCUUCCCCAGGGAAGGGACAAAUCCAAAGGAGUCUGGGGCCCACUCCUUCCACUUAUCACAGAACAGAACCCUCCGACCUAAUAGCAAGAGUUUGGGGGGAGGGGGACAAAGCAUGAGUAUCGAUCGACUCAGGAAUCAAAGGACUGGGUUUGAAUCCUUGCUCUUCCACUUACUGUGUGCCUCCCUUAAAUCGUCUGGCCUGAACUCCCCCAUUUUAAAAGCAGGAGAUGCGGCCUAGAUGAUUUCUAAGCUGUCUUCUUGCUGACCUGGGCCCUCCUGGAGUCCAGAUCCUCAACAGGACCCGGCUGCCCCAGCCCUGGCUUCCUCGCUGCCCUCCCCCAGCCAGCAGCCCCGGCCUUUGGCUCAGGGAGCCGGGAUUCCGGCCGAUGAGGGCUCCCUUUCAUUCGCCACCCACUCCCUGGGGCCGGCCGGACUUGGGUGGGGUGGGGGAGCCUGCGGCCUUGUCGCUGAAGCUGCAAGGAGACAGAAGCUGACCGGGGCUCCGCGACUGCCUGGGGCCCUCGGGCAGAAGGCUCUCUGAGCUGGCCCCACAGUGGCCCCAGGGAAAGCUGAGCCGGGCCCCAAUCUGGACAUCCGGCAUCAGCUGGCCCAGCUCUCCUCAGGUCAAGGGAGAAGCCUGAGUAACCCGGAUGGACCGGAAGCGAUCUCCUUCCCCUCCUGGGGACCGGCAGCCAGGCGGGGGCCCCGCUCACCCCGGUGGCUCCUCGGGGACCCCUCCUGCCCCCAGUUCUGGGGACAGGAAAAUCCUGAGUCCCGGCCCCAUCUCGAGUCAACUCCCCAUCCCCUUGAUCCAGUCUGGGGCCAAAGUUAGGCCCUGGUCCUUGGGCUCCAGGGAGCCGGGCACCGCCAGGGGGGCUCUCCUUCGGCCCACGGGCAGCCCCGCGCCCAGGAAGUCCAGCUCCCUGUCCUUCACCCUCCGCCACCACAGCCGCCAGGAGGCCGCGGCUGCCUCGGGAGCUCACCCUCAGCAGGAGGUGGCUGUUAGAGAUAGGAGGGAGGCUGCCCAGGGGAGAGGGGAGUCUUCCAUCGUGGGCCCCUCCCCUGCAUCUCGGGUGCCUGUCAUAAGGGCCCGCACCGUGAGUCCCUCACACCCCAGCAGGCUCACGGGGGCCCCCGCUUCGGAGAAGCCCCUGUUGACCUCACAUCUGGCCCUUUCUUUCCAGCCACGCUCAUCUCAGAGCCCAUCAAGCCCGCCCGGCAUAGGGCUCCCAUUCCGGUACACUUCCCGGAUACCCAGCCCAGGCUCCCUAGGGAGGGGGGGCACCCGGCACCUGGGCAUCCCCAGGCUCCGGCUGCCAUCUGGAAGGGGCAUCCCGGCCCGGGGGCUAUUCAAGGCAGGAAGGCUCACACUGAUCAGGCCAGGCAGGGGCAACGACUUGUCCGUUACACCGGGGACGCCCACCGAUCCAGCCCCAGCCACGUUAAGUACCGCCAUGGAUCCGGCCAUGGGCCCAGUCGGCUCAAAUGUAGAACCGGGCCCCAUGGAGUCUGAAGCGGCCACUGCAGCCGUGGCCACAGUCACGGAGCUAGCUCCCCAGCCUGCAGCCGUGGCCGAAGAGCAUGGGGUCCCACCCCCAACCAUGGCCGAAGAGCACAGGGUGCCAGCUGUGGCUGAGGAGCACGGAGUCCCCCCCGCAGCCGUGGCCAAAGAGCACGGGGUACCAGCUAUGGCCGAGGAGCACGGGGUCCCACCCUUGACUGUGGCUGAAAAGGAAGGGGUCCCACCCGUGGCCAUGACCAAAGUGGACAAGGUGCCCCCUGUGGCUGUGGCCGAAGAGCACGGAGUCUCCCCCGCAGCUGUGGCCAAGGAGCACGGGGUCCCACCCUUGGCUGUAGCUGAAAAGGAAGGGGUCCCACCCGUGGCCAUGACCAAAGUGGACGAGGUCCUCCCUGUGGCUAUGGCCAAAGAGCAUGGGGUCCCACCCACGGCUAUGAUCAAAGAGGAAGGGCUCCCACCUGUGGCUAUGGUUGAAGAGCACGGGAUCCCACCCAUGGCUGUGGUCGAAGAGAAUGUGGUCUCACCUAUAGCUGUGGCCGAAGAGCAUGGGGUCCCACCUGUGGCGGUGAGCAAAGUGGAUGAGGUCCCCCCCAUGGUCGUGGCCGAAGAGCACGGGGUCCCCCCCAUGGCUGUGGUUGAAGAGGAUGGGGUCCCCCCCAUGACUGUGGCUGAAGUGGACAAGGUCCCACCCUCGGCCAUGGUCGAAGAGCACGGGGUCCCACCUACGGCCGGGGCCAAAGAAGACAGGUUCCCGUCCAGGAGGGUCACAGUCAGCGAUUCUGAAGUGCCACCCACAGCCUCGGCCCCAGAGGAUCAGGACACGGCGAGACCCUGCCCCGGGCCGGAGCCAGCCCCCCACCCAGCCAUAGACCUCACCCUGCACAUCCCACACACCCACACAGCCACAGUUGUGGUUGCCAUAGGCCGGGCCCAAGCCUUGCCAGCCUUGGCCUCGGCAGCCCCGGUCCCGCCUCCGUCCGGCAGCACCACGGUCCGGCCAGGCGGGGUUCUGUCUGCACCGAGGCCACUCCCGGGCCUGGCCCACGCCGUUCCCAGGCCGGACAGAAGCGCCCACCCCGGCAAGCUGGAAGCCCCAUCAGCCGGAGACGCGCCGUGCACCGCGAUGGUGCUGGCCUCGUCCCACACCAUCCUGACCCUGCCCUCCAAAGGCGCCAGGGUUGUCUUCAUGGUGCCGGGCCUGGACGCAUCCUCAGGCUUGCCAGGGAUGCCCACGCCCAGGCCCAGACAAGCCCAGCCCUGCACGGCCAUGGUCUUGGUCAGCCCCCGGAAGGCCGGGCCACACAGAGCCACCGCCCCCCACCUAGUGGAGAGUGUCAAGGCCGCAGCUGCACCCAGGAAGGCCUUCCGGCCCCCGGUGCCGGCCAUCCACCCCCCUUUGCCGGCCUUCCACCCCCCGGUGCCGGUCCUCCUCCCAGUCAUGGCUGACACCGGCCCCCGCAUGUGCACCUCGGCUAGCCCGGAGCCCAAGGAGGAAGCCGAGGCCACUCCCCACACUUGGGCUACCUACACAGCCGCCGACCUGGACGCCCUGGACCUGGCAGUGACCCAUAGAGGGUUCCGGACGGUGCGAAACGAGUUGCGCAUGAAGGCGGAGGGGUUCCCUUUGAGGCUCAGACGGGGGCUGGCAGAGAGCAGGACCGAACUCGCCAUGUCGGAGCUGGUCGCAGAGCCCAGGCCCAAGCCGGCCGUGCCCAUGAAGCCCCUCGGCAUCGGCUCCAACCUCCUGGGCUAUAUCGGCAUCGACACCAUCAUCGAGCAGAUGCGCAAGAAGACCAUGAAGACGGGCUUCGACUUCAACAUCAUGGUUGUGGGUCAGAGCGGGCUGGGCAAGUCGACCCUCAUUAACACCCUCUUCAAAUCCCAAGUGAGCCGGAAGUCAGCCAGCUGGAACCGGGAGGAGAAAAUCCCCAAGACGGUGGAGAUCAAGGCCAUCGGGCACGUGAUCGAGGAAGGCGGAGUCAAGAUGAAGCUGACCGUCAUUGACACCCCAGGCUUCGGAGACCAGAUCAACAACGAGAACUGCUGGGAGCCCAUCGAGAAGUACAUCAACGAGCAGUACGAGAAAUUCCUGAAGGAGGAGGUGAACAUCGCCAGGAAGAAGCGCAUCCCGGACACGCGCGUCCACUGCUGCCUCUACUUCAUCUCUCCCACGGGACACUCGCUGAGACCCCUGGACCUGGAGUUCAUGAAGCAUCUCAGCAAAGUGGUCAACAUCGUGCCCAUCAUCGCCAAGGCCGACACCAUGACCCUGGAAGAGAAGAUGGAGUUCAAGCAGAGGGUCCGGAAGGAGCUCGAGGUCAAUGGCAUUGAGUUUUACCCACAGAAGGAGUUUGACGAAGACCUGGAGGACAAGACGGAGAACGACAAGAUCAGGGAGAGCAUGCCCUUCGCCGUGGUCGGAAGCGACAAGGAGUAUCAGGUCAAUGGCAAGAGGGUCCUUGGGAGAAAAACCCCCUGGGGAAUCAUCGAAGUGGAAAACCUCACCCACUGUGAGUUUGCCUUGCUCAGAGACUUUGUCAUCAGGACCCACCUCCAGGAUCUCAAGGAAGUCACCCACAACAUCCACUACGAGACCUACCGGGCCCGGCGGCUCAAUGACAAUGGCGGCCUCCCUCCGGGAGAAGGCGUCCUUCCUCCAGCGCCAGCCUCCCCCCGCCCUGCCACCGCUGCCGCCGCCGCCACCGAAUGAAGGUCAUUUCCAGGCUGCUCCUCCUCCCCCUGCUGCCCCCCACCCCGGCUGCUCACCCUUCAGGGACGAGGUCUCUAGUGCUCUGCCAACUGUCCACCUGCCAAGCUCUGCCCACAGCGGGAGGGAGGGGGGCCGGCGCCAUCCUGCCUGCCCCCGCGGAUCCCUUGGGGUGCCUGGCUCUGCUGGGCCAGCACCCUCACCUGCUCCAGCUUCUGCAGACCCAUAGCCAGCCAUUCACCACCUUCUCCAGGGGAAAUGGCGCCGAGCCCCCCUCCACCAGGCUUCCUGGGCCGCUCUCCUGCACUCCGGGAACCAGGAGGGCUUCUCCUCUGAUUCCUCACCUCCAGGGGUGAGCCCCAGCACGGGGCCGGGGGGACAACCAGGACCCCCCUGUGUCAUUGGGGGGCUAGACAGUACCCCAGGCUUGGCUGGCCCAGAGCGUGGCCAACAUCCCCCCGCCCCCUCCCCCAUGAUGAGAAGCCCAGGAGGAGACAAGUAGCCUGAAAGCACAUUUUUCUUUAUCCUUAACUUAAAAAAAAAAAAAAAAAAAAAAAAAGUUUAGAAAGCCCGUGAGAUGUGAAGUUACAGAUAGAGCCCCCCCCCCCCCCCCAGUCUGUAUCCCUUAGCAAUAAGAGGAGAUGUCCGUCCCUCCCGGCCCCUACCCCGAGCCCCCGUUAAUGUGAGUUUGGGCCUAGAUGGGCCUCAGGCCUGUAGAGCCCCGAUGCAUGAGUGUGUGAGUGUUGGCCGACACUGCUGUCCCGACCGGGUCUUUGGGAAACGCCUGCCCUCUCUCCGGCAGGGCACGGUGGCCCCCGAGAACUGGGGGCCCGGUGAGGGGCCCGAGCCAGCUGGCGGCGAUGGCAGCCCCGACCCACCACAAGCCACCCGCCACACACCGUGUCCACUUUGACUUUCUAUGUAUUGUUUAAUUCCACAAAACUUUGCUGUUUGAACAAGA